GUCAGGCUCAAUUUGUCAACAACCGCCAAUAUGGCGGCUGUGACGGCUGGCCGUCCAAGCAAAAGAAGGUCAAAACGUAUUGCUUCGGCAUGUGCUUUCCUUUCGAAUAUUUCACUGGAUGGAAAUAUUGCAAAGGAAGCAGCUGAACGGAAAAAGGAAAAGGCUAGUCCCAAAGAAAUCAAUGAACACGAUCCUAGAAACACUGACCUCCCAGAGGCAACAAGGAGGACACGCAAUAAACUACUGCACUCUGUAUCUGAACCCUCGACCUCCGGUGGAGAAUCUUUUGAGAACAGCUCCAAACGAUCAAUACACAGACAACGUAGCAUUACGGAGGCUAUUUAUGAGAGAAAAUGUCAGGAGAGUUCCACAAUGAUACGAAGGAGCGUUUCGAUGUCCGAAUCGUCCUACGAUCCAUCGACCACGAGUGUUAGUUUCCAGCGUACGAAGAAUCGUAUUUCGUAUUUGGCGGGUUCAUCUUUCCACAACAAGAGACGAGCAAAUGACAAGAGUAUUAAGAAGAUAUCAGUGGCUACACCCAGCCAGUCUGCUGGCAUCGAGGGGGUUGAACUUGGAACGAUUGACAAGCCAGUAUCAUACAGAUCAUUUUUGAUAUCAACAUACCCUUGUGCUUGGAGUGAGGUUGUUGUCAACAAAGGAUCUCCAUCUGUACCUCUACAGAUGGAUGCUGGAGCACUUCUUUCAGAGAAUGUUGAGGGAACGGUGCCUUCACCCAGUGGGUAUGAUCCUCAUCUUCUUGAUGAUCCUGAACUGAAGUCAGGUCGGCACAGGAAGGUUCUCAACCUUACAUCAUACCUGGUAUCCAUGGUAGCCUAUGCAAAGCCUUCUGAGCUGAAAAAAGAUCUGAAUGAACAAUUCAGGGAAAAGUUUCCAAAUCUCAACAUAACACUCACAAAACUAAGAAGCUUAAAGAGAGAUAUUGUCAAAAUAGCAUUAUCACAAGAUUGCCAGCUGGAUCCAACCACUGUGGGUUAUGCAUUUGUCUACUUUGAAAAACUUAUUUUGAAGGUUCCUGCUUGUUAUUGGCGGCAAAAUUUAAUGGUGAUAUGAAAAAAGAGAAAAUCAAAGAGGUCAUUGAGGCCAUUGAGGACAGGCUUCGCAUAUCAGUAAAAGAGCUCAUUAGAUUUGAAUUCCAAGUUGUUGUUGCUCUGGAGUUUGAUCUACAUAUCCCACAGUGGGAGAUCUUACCGCAUGUCAAACGAAUGGAAACAGAAUAACUUCAUAAAAAUCCAUCCAUGUACAUUUAUUUGAGUAUUGUUACUGCCUGUUCUUAAUUCAAAUAAUGAAAUUUCUCAGGAAUGUGAUGUUAAGUGUUGGGUUUUUUAAAGGGUAAAGUUGCUUUGUGAAACACAGGGUUUGUAUGGGUCAUAAAAAGAUGUGAAAGAAAUGGAGUUAUCGAAUCAGCUGUCAUUUUUCCAAAAUAAUAUUUUCCAUGUUUUUUUUCAUCACCGUAGUACAAACCUCAUAACUUUCAAGGCUUGGAAACUCAAGUGAUUUGAGUGUACAUCUUUGCAACGUGUUUAAAAACAUGAUUUGAAAGGAAAAAAAGAAGUUGCCGAGAGAAGUUAUUUUUGAAUUAUUUAGAAAGCGAACUAAAUUUGUGGUUAUGAAAAUGUGAGAAAGCAAUAGAAAGAGAAUGCAGCUCAUGAAAUUUCAUGGGCAGGAAAUAUUACAAACCACUCACUGUCAGGUCUUAUGUGGAAUACACUAUAUUUGGGUGUGGUCAUUCAGUUUGGGAUGCAAUUUUGUGACUGUUAUAACUUUCUGACUUAAUAUUAAUGAGACAAUAUUAGUGUUUAUAAUCCAACUAAAACUUAUCCCCCAACUAAAAAUUGUAUCAGAGAACAUCGCAUUGAAAAAUGUUAGAAGGAUAAUUAACACUAUAGCCUCCAUUUUGCACAGAAAUAUGCUUGUAUAUUUAUCUUUGGACGUUAUCUGUUCCUCCAAGCUCACAUUUCGGAACAGAUAAUGUCCACGAAUAAAUAUCCCAGGCGCGUAGCGUGCUCAUUUUUUCAAGGACACACAAGUACAUAUGAUCUAGAAACCUAAGUAAACUGAGCG